AUGGAUCCCCAAAAUGUUCCAAUCCUCACCGAAGCAGAAAAAGUUAUCCAAAUCUGUGAUGCCAUUCACCACCUCCAAAUGACCCCGAAAAAGUUUAUCAAUGCAUUUCUCACUAAUGCAGACCCCCAAAUUGCCUAUAAAAGGCGCUUCUGGGGGACUUCUACUGGCUGGAGUUCGACUCAUGGAAUAAUUCAAGCAGUCAAGGCUGAGGUAGCCAGGACCCGAGAUGGAGCCGAUCGAUGGGAUGCCUUCUACACGCAGAGUGUCGAAAUCUUGCUUUCUCAAAGCCCACCCAGAGGCAACUUCCCCCUUGGAUCUUUCCACAGUAGCCGUACCGUCCAACCAUCUUUCUUUGAUCCGAAAGCCGUAUCUGAGCGUGACGAAGCUCUCACCAAAAAUCACAUGCCAUUUCUAUUCAAUCUAAUCAAACGCAUGUUGGUUCGUGUCGAGGCUCCCGAUGAACUGGAUGAAGAUGGACCUGUGGAGCCAACCAUUGCUGAUCCCGAGCAGGACCACAUACUCAACAUGGACAACGUGACUUAUGUUGCAGACAGGAACUCGGCAUUUUCUAUUCGAAUCCACAAGGCAUGUUUUUCUUUUGGUUUUGUGCAAGUAGAAGCAAAUCACCAACAACCGGUUGCAUCCACUAUUUGCUCAAUGGUCGCCUUCACUAGAAAUCGUCGACACAACAGCAUGCAGCUCUACAACAGCAUACGCUUUGUUGCCGGAGGUUUAUCAGACCAGUUAAACGAUUAUCUCCACCUUCUGGGUAUCACCUCUUCCCGACAAACUGCAAUCAGGGCUCUGACAUUCUUGUCAACCUGUGCUGCACGAGACCUGAGGAACGCCAUGACACCAAUGGCAGGUGUGCCUGUAGGCCCAAGUAUAUGUAUUGAUAAUCUUGAUAUGGAACAGCGAGUCCAUGCCCAUUCCAUUGGCCAUCGAACAAUGAUGUUCCAUGGCUCCUGGGGCUAUAUCCACCAUCCACAUCCAUCCCUUCUUGACUCUCUUGAUCUCUCCGAACUGAGUUUGAAGUCCUAUUAUGAAUCUCUCCAAAAAGUCUCAUCCUUGAUUAUUCAGCCAAGCAUGUUUCUUCCAACGGCCGAUGAGGACCUACACUUUGAGGCAGUUUUGAAGAGCCAGAUAGCUCGAGUGAUGCGUCAUUACAUUGCGGAACCAUCCACUAGGGAUGGAUCAAUUCAAAUUCAUCCUCCAUCGAUUGAUCCGAUCGAUUGCUCCCCUCCCAAUAUCAAGAUGCUCAAGCUCAUGGACGCAUCGGACAACUCGGCUGAAGGCAUCGGGCAAGUCAUCGAAUCAAUUAUUUCUCAAUCUGGUCUCACGGCAGAAGAAUUCUGCUCGCGCCUCCAAGUCAUGGAUGGCGACCUUGGAACAAUCCAGAACUUCAACUCUCUCCGAGCCUUGCGUACCCCUAGUGCUCACCCUGAACAUAAUCUUCACAACAUCAGCUUUCAGCUCGGUGCUUCCCACACAUUAUGGAAUAUUGCUCAAAACAUCCUAACUGCUCAUUUUGGUGAUCCAACAAAGACAAACGACUUAGGUGCAUGGCAUGACUUACAUGCUCUUGGUAUUCCUUCAGAUAAGGCUGUUCCAAAGAAAGACUUUGACCAGAUGAUCAAUAAUAUGGAAAAAAUACAUGAGGCAUCCAUAUUCCAUUGUCUUUGUGUUAUAAUGGGCACCACUCGAGAUCAGGUCGCCAAAACACCAGGGAAGAUUGAAACUCGCAAAUGGAAUCAAAUCAUCGAAGCUUGUUACGAUCGAUUUUUCUCCCCUGAAGCUCGUCGAUCUACCUCAAAAGAAGCUUCACCCAAGCUCUUUGCCCUUUUACAUCGAUUGCACGACUUUUCGACAGUUAUAGAGGCCAACCGUGCCAUGAAAGCUGGUGAUAUUGGACGACUUGUGAACAUCUGGAAGAUUUGGUGCAUCAUGUCUCAGGCACUUACCGCCGAUACAUCCUCCACAACCUUCUGA